GAAUAGUUUACGAUUUAAUUAGUUAAUGUGUAAUUAGUGUUUAGUUUUAAGGCUUCAAAAUGUUAGAUCAGCGAUAUUCAGAUAAUGAAGUGUCGAGACGAGACAUUCCUUCGUUUAUCGAGCCUAGGCCUCCGUUGAUACAGAAUCCGUUUAUGCGCCCGAGGCCUCAAAAGGGAACAAAUUUACUGGAGUUAUUUGAGGAAGAUUCAGAGAUUGAAGAGCCAGAGUUGGUGCAGGUGUACUUGAGAUUGAAGCCGUGUAGAGUUCCAAAUACUUUGUACGAUGUUCGGUCAGAUAAAUGUCUGGUUACUUCGCUGGACACUGCUACCGCGGGGCACGGGCGCCGCACCCAGCACAAUGUUUCCAAAAUGUACACAUUCUCCAAAAUCUUUGGCGCAGAAUGUAGUCAGAGGGAAAUAUUUGAAGCAGUUGUGAAAGAAAAUCUCCGUAAACUACCAGAGGGUCAAAAUUUUACUCUACUCACUUAUGGGGCAUCAGGGUCAGGCAAGACAUACACAUUGAUGGGCACAGUGGGAGCCCCGGGCCUGGUGCCUCGCUCCCUGGAGUAUGUGUUCCGACUGGUGGACGCUGCGCAGCAACCUGCCUUCAGACCUGCUGAGAGUGGAGCUGAGAAGCUAGGUCAUAAUGAACAGGAUUAUGAAUUACAGUGGGUGAAGCGCCUCCGGCACGUAUCCGCGCCGCUCCGCGACAAGUACCGCCGCAUGAGUGCACAACUGCACAGUGACCUCACUGCCAGCUCUAUAGACCUCUCCAACAGGAUCCGACACUAUGUUUGGGUAUCGUUUGUGGAGAUCUACAAUGAAGCAGUAUAUGACUUACUGGCACCGCCUGAGAAGAGGACUAAGUUAAGAAUAAGAGAAGACACCUCUGGAAAUGUUUAUGUCAAGGGUGCUACUCAAGCCUUCGUCCGUUCAGGUGAGGAGGCGUACGACGUGAUGGUGGCCGGCAAACACAACCUCGUGGUCGCGGCCACCGGGGUACACGCGCACUCCUCGCGCUCCCACUGCAUCUUUACCAUCACCAUGCUCACGGAGACAUCGGAAGGUGUCCGUACCUCGUACGUGCGGCUGUGCGACCUGGCGGGCUGCGAGCGCGCGCGCGCGACGCGCAACACGGGCGCGCGCAUGCUGGAGUCGCGCGCCAUCAACUCCUCGCUGCAUGUACUCGAGCGCUGUCUGCACAUGCUGCGGAGGAAGCAGAGGACGGGACACGAAGCUAUGGUGCCCUACAGAGAAUCGAAACUGACCCGUCUACUAGGCACGGGUCUAUCAGGCGCGCGAGGCGAGGCAGUCAGUAUGGUGGUCACGCUCAACCCCUCGCCUGAAUACGCACAUGAAACUAAACACGUCCUCAGUUUGGCAGCUGUCGCUCAAGAUAUACAGAUAAACAACACAAUGUUAACAACAACCUUGGAGAGCAGUACCGCACAGGACACCACAAUCGGGUCCAGUGCUGAAGUCAUGAAGCUUCGCGCAGACAACGAGAGACUGCACUUUGAACUUGUACAAGCUCAAGCCCGCAAUAAAGAGCUGCUGGCAGCUAUGGAGGAGAAACAGCAGGAGUCUGCGAAUACCAUGCGGGAACUAGUAGAGGAAGCCAAGGAUAUGACCAAGCAGUAUUAUGAAGCGCAACUCGAAGCUUUACGUUGUGAGAUGGAAGAUAUGAUAGAAGAAUACGAAAGCAGACUAGCGAAGGUGCCGGCACCGCCCAAAAGUGACGCUGGUACUCCGUCACGAUUCCUGCAAAAUAAAGUCUCACAACUGAUGACAGAAAUAGCUGUGCUAGAGGAGAAAUUAACAGCUGAACGACUCGCGAGGGCGAGAGCUGAGAAAGAAGUGGAACAUCUUCGUACUUGUAUUGAAGAGAGAGAUGAAAAAGCAUUUAAAGAUACAACUCCACCACAAGAAGACGUGAUGUCUCUCUCAGAGAGCGAACAGGACGAAUCAGACGAAGAAACCAACGAUCCAUUUAACGAGAGCCUCGAACCUAUCUUCAAAAAAGAACUAAACAGAUCAAUUUCUAUCGUAUUACAAAAUGAGAAACGAGACAAUGGUAGCAUUCAUACUAUAGAAAAUAUUGACGAGGAAUGCGACAGUGAUCUCGAAGAAUCACAUGAAACACUACAAAAUGAUGAAGAUUCUAAAAACUCUACAUAUCCUGCAGGUGAAGAUGAAGAAUCUAGUAAUAAAGAAAUAACUACUGACAGUCUAGAAGAAAGUAAAGCUAACGAAUCAAAUGCAACAUAUCAUGAUGAUAAAGGUGUUCUAAAAGUAAAUGAUGAAGAACUUAUUACAAGCAAUCAGUGCCAGGAUGUUGAUGAUAGCCUUAAAAACGAUGUAAACAUGACAUAUGGUAGUGUAACUACUUAUGACAAGGAGAAUGAAUGUCUAACUGAUCCGAGAAUAGAAGAUGAUGAAAUACAGUUUAAAAAUGAGAGCAUUAAGAGUAUAAAAGCAGAUUUGAGAGGGACAUACUUUGUUAAUGAUAGUAAAAUUAUUGAGAAAUCAGUAGAAAAUAAACAAAAUUCGUUCAGGGGGACUUAUUUCGUGGAAGAUCCUGUCACAGAUGUGUCGAAGAUUAGUGAAACUAAACAAGAUGAUGUAACUGAAAGUAAUGAAAAUAUCCCCAAUGAACUUAGCACUGAGGUGUUUAAAAUACCUAUUGUUAGAGAAAAAUCAGAUCUUGACAUCAAAUGUUCAGAAAAUGUAAGCAAAACUACCUCUCCCGAAAUUAAUGAUAAGAAAGAUGAUGUGAACACAGAUGAAAAGGUACCAGAAUUGCCAGUUGGUAAAAUACUAAGAGGAAAGACUCAUAUCGACAUGAAAGCUCCAGACAAAACGGAACCGGUUAGUAGCCUUAUAAGAGCAAAAACCAACAUAAAUAUGAAGGCUACAGAAAAAGUCUCAGAUACAUUAGUUGGGAAAAUCAUCAGAUCUUUCAAAACUCAUCAGGGCAGUGAUGCUUCACUAAGGCAAUUUGAACAACUAGAGCAAGCUUCAAAGGACUGCCAGGAUAAUAAUGAUGAUGAUGAGUCGAACAAAAACUAUUACAUAUUUGGAGAUAUCAAAAUCCUGAAAGAAAAACGAACAUAUUUCGACAAUGUAUCAGACAAGAGCAAUAAUGCUACAAAUAAAGAUAAAAAAGCAAAAGAACCCACUGUAGUUAAAGAAAAGCGCACUUAUUUUGAUAAUAUCAGUGCCAACGUCGAUGUCUCUAAUAAGAAAAUAAACAAUUUGAUCAAAUAUGAUGAGGACAGGUCGCCAUCUAUUGUCAAAGACGCUGCUGCCGCUGACUUCGAACCUAGCACGAUCAAAAAACUUCUAGGCGAGAGUUUUACAAAGUCAGACGUUAUUUCAUCCGUACAUAAAACGAGGUUGACGAAGAAACAUAACUCUGUUGACAUAUUCGAUGGAUUCGAUUCGCCAAUCACACAAAAGCCUAAAGAAUGCCAGCCCGAUGAUAAUGUUGAAAUUGCAAGGAAAUCUAUCGAGAAACUCGUACUGAAUCAGUUAUCUGCUAAGAAAGGAACAAAAAUUGAUGUGGAACCUAGAUUAUCUAUCAGAGAAAUAAUUGAACCUGAGGAUGAAGAAGAGGCUAAGUUAGAGCCAGCAACAUCCACUGAUGAACCUAAUCAGACAUUUAACGAUAUACUAGCUAAAGGAGAUAAUACAAUAGAUGAAGCUAAACCAGAUAAUACAAUCGAAGAAUUCGAAAACAUCUACAAAGAUAUCACGGCUCCCAGAGCCACAGAAUUCGAAUUACUCGUAUCAGAAGUAAACAACGAAAACAAUGAUAAACAUGACAAAGACGAAACUAAAUACAAUUUACGAAAGAAACAAUCUAAAGCUGAUGACCCUAAAAUAGAUAAAGGCAAAGAAGAAGAAGUAAUAUUGGCAGAAAGUCAAGCUAAAUGCGAAAGCAAAGCUCGUAAGAGGAAUCUCAGAUUACGAAGACGGAAGAACCAGGAUGACGAGUCUGAUGACAAAUUAAAAGAUAUAGUGAACUUACAGAGUGAAUUCUCUGACGUCACUCUUGACGUCCCUGCUCCCAAAAAAGAUGUUAACGAUAUACCGUCACCAGAAAAGGGCACGGAAGAAAAUCUGCCACCUUUAUUAGGAAUACAGAGUUGUCCAUCUAAAAGCGUCACUCGGAGUCGUCGCAAACUGUUCACUCCCCGGGCGGAACCUCUGGAAGAGUCCCUCAGUCAAACUGGAGACAGUAACGAACGCAUUUAUGUACCACGACCUUCAUACCACCGUCCACGAGCCCGCCGUAAACUGUGAAAUAGACG